AUGUGUGCACUUUUAUUUCUUACCACAUCUGGAACAAAUGAAAUAUCGACAAAUUUAUUUAGACGUUUUUUAACAAUGACUAAAACAGCAUGUAUAAACGAUCUCCAUUCACGUCAACAAUUACCAAAGAGGUUAAAGAAUGAUGAUAAAAUAAUUUUAAACGCUUAUGAAAAUCCAUUACGUUGUCAGGAUUGGUUUAUACUCUCAAAUGGUUUUCUUCUUCCCAGUCAACAACGACCAUACUAUCGUUCACAAUUUCAAGAAUAUUCAGAAUACUAUCUAAAAUCUAUUCAUCAUCAACAUCAAAAACGUUAUCAUAAUCAACGGCGUCUGGCAUUAUCAUCUAUUGUCGAGCAAGCUGAAAAAACACAAUCAUUUAGUACAGGCACUCCACGUUCCAUUAAUAGACCAAAAGGAUUUCAAUUUCCACCAGGAAAUCCAAAUGAUCUACCAAAAUUAGAACAUUUAAAAUAUAUUGAAAGUGAAUUACUUAAAACUUUGCCAAAUUUUAUGAAGACGUAUCAUCCAUACGGUUUAUAUUCAAAUGAAUUUGUUUGUGAAAAUUAUUAUCAAGAACCACCAAUAAUAAUCAAAAAUCUUGCUUCAUACGCAUUACAUUUACUUUGGAUAAGAACAAAAAUUAAUUUUGCUUAUAUGAAAGCAGAUGUUCACAUUUUAAAUUCAACCAUUGAUGAAGAAUCGAGUGUCGUUAAAAUACGUUGGCGUAUUGUUGGUAUACCAAAUAAAGCUGUUCUUUCAUUAAUUGGAAAAUUAAAAAAAGCACCAACAAAAGAAGAAGUGAAAGAUAUAGCUAAACAAAGUGUCGAAUGGAUUGAUGGUUAUUCAAUAUUUUUUAUUCGUGGCGAUGGUCGUAUCUAUAAACAUCGCAUUGAUCGAGUUAUGAUUGAUGAGGAGAAAGUUAAAGCAACUAAGAAAAACAUAGAAAAAGUUCCUGCAACUGCACCAGCCGUUUUGUAA